AUGACAAUUCAUUUUUCUUUAUUCAUUGUAGUUAUUCCCAAUAUUCCAAUCAAUGCUCGAUGGUCACAAAAUGGAAAGACCAUUGCUGGAGGGAAUGGAAAAGGCAAUGCCACUAAUCAACUCGACCGCCCCAUGGGUCUCUUUGUUGAUGAUGAUCAAACGAUGAUCAUUGCUGACGCCAACAAUCAUCGCAUCGUCCAAUGGAAGAUGGGUGAUAAGAAAGGGCAAGUUAUAGCUGGUGGCAAUGGCAAAGGAAAUCGAUUAAAUCAAUUGGAUUACCCGACUGAUGUGCUAAUCGAUAAAGAGACUGAUAGUCUCAUUAUCUGCUACGAAGGACGAGUCGUACGAUGGUCUCGUCGUAGUGGCACAACUCAAGGAGAAAUUCUCAUUGACAACAUCGAUUGCCGGGGAUUGUUCAUGGAUGAUCAGAGAUAUUUCUACGUCUCUGACACGGAAAAACAUGAAGUAAAACGAUAUCAAAUAGGAGACGAGAAUGGAAUUCUUGUGGCUGGUGGAAAUGGCCAAGGUGCAGAUCUUAAUCAACUCAACUAUCCAACCUACAUCUUUGUUGAUCAACAACAGACUGUCUACGUGUUAGACGAGAAUAAUCAUCGUGUAAUGAAAUGGAAUAAAGAUGCAAAAGAAGGCAUUGUUGUUGCUGGGGAUCAAGGUGAUGGGGAUAGUCUAACACAAUUGUCGUAUCCUAGCGCACUCUUCGUCGAUACAUUGGGUACCAUCUAUGUGGCAGAUUCGUUGAAUCAUCGAGUGAUGCGUUGGCCUAAAGGAGCAAUAGAGGGUACUGUCAUUGUGGGUGGAAAUGGUGGAGGAACAAGAGCAAAUCAGUUCCAUUUACUCGGUGGUUUGUCUUUCGAUCGAUAUGGCAAUCUCUAUGUCGUCGAUUUGAAUAAUCAUCGUGUUCAAUGUUUUUCAAUUCAAUAA